UAACGUUUCCGGAUGAACCAUUUUCCUGCCUUCCCCUUGCCCAAGAAACAUUUGCCGUUGUCAAAACAAAUGGCAGAGGGAGCUGGGAAGAUGGAGCUUCAUCUACUGAGCAUGCUGAUGCAACUAUUCAUCUUGAGGACCGGGCAAGCUCUCAUGACAAAGAUUGUUUGUGCAUCUGGAGAACAAACCUCACUUCCCUGCGAAGUCUCAAGCUCCCAUACACGUUGGUUCUGGUUCCCCUUGAAUCCCACAUGUGCUAACAUAAGUGGGAAUUGGGUGGAGAUAGCCCAGAAUCAUACCACACAUGAAGUGACUCCUCUUCGGUUCAACCAGCGCCUGACAUUCUACAAUCAAAAAUCAUUGCUUCUCAGGAAUCUGGUCAUGAGCGAUGCUGGUAUCUAUCUGUGCCGCCUCCCCAAUGGCUCAGAAACUCACACUGAACUGCAGGUGGACCCAGGCUGCCACAACAACCUGCUUGUCUCCUAUGAGUGGCUUCAUCCUUCUUUGUUGAAACUCAGUUGCCAUCACUGCAUUUUCCAGAGGAGGACAGACUCUUUCCGCUGGGUGGUGAAUUCAAAGCCACUGGGGAACCGACGCUGGGCUAAGAAGAGCAACCAUGGGUCUACCGUCAUGCUACAUCCCUUCCGGCAAACCGUUUGGGGCCGCUGGGAGUGUCAUUCCCUCGAUUACACUUCCUGGGUCUCUGAAAUUUGUUUGGUUGCGCCCAUCAGAUACAUGGAAGCAGAUUUCGGUUCUGCAGACACAACAUCGUGGGCCUCCUUCCUUUCGUCAAGUUCUCCCCUUGCUAGGACCACAGAUGUUACACCCACUGGGCAUGCUCUGAAGAGGAUAGCUGUCUGGAUUUGGACCUUGCUGUUGGUGGGGCUGGUUUUGCUCCUGGCUGCUCUCGGAAUGGCUGUGUGGUUGAAGAGGAAACACCAAGAAAGAAAGAAAUGGACAGAUCCAACCAGACAGAAGGAAAUAAUGAAAAAGGAGAAUCUGGAUGAGAUCUUCUCUCCUUGUGGUUCCUCCUUCCAGAGACCUGCUUCCCUUUAUUAUGCUCAACUACAACAUCCCCGAAGGAAAUCCACCAGCAUUCGAACCGCAGACAGCUCCACGGUGUAUGCAGUCAUCGUCUGACACCAUUUCCAUCAUUUUUCACUCAUGCCUUAAGAGGGAGAGGGAGAGAGAGAGAUACACACACUAUUUCAUGACCUACAAACACUGCUCUGUAAAGUACUAGAAGAUUAUAGUAGACUUUCUACAUAUUUCCAUCUCUAAAUGUUUGGCUCAAACGAGAUGUUAGCGGAAUGCUGAUUCUGUUUGAUUACCCCUUUUCCUCUCCCACAAUAGCAUCUCAACACAGACAAUGAGACUUGCAAAAUAAACUUGUUUGUACUUUCCAAUGGGCAACCACAAAUCCCCUCACUCUACACAAAGAAUACACCGAAUAAGGAAAAUCAUGUGCUAUAUAUAAAAAUGUUACCAUCUGAGGGAACAUCUCUUCUGAAAAUUUCAUAAGCUUAUUGUCUCAUUCCCAACAUCUGAAGACAAAUACAAUCUGUCCCGUCCAGCUCCCUGAUUUUGCUGGUUUUGGGACUGCCU